UUUUGCAAAAUUUUCUGGGAACUAAACAAGGCCUAGGUAUGCAGAGUGCACACAAUUGAACAGUGAGCCGAGACAACGACGGAACAACCACCAACAGAAUAUACAGAUUGGGUUUCUGGCCUCGUGCUGGAACAAGCAGACGCGGUUACAGUCUUUGAUGCCAUCCCUGAAUAUUCAAGAAAAUAUGUCCAGUGAACUUACGAAACAAGAACGUGCAGGUUACGUGUGAGUCAAAAAUAGAGGCAAAGGAAACCCGAGUAAUUAACAAUGAAAGUAUGAAACUCAACCAACCAUGAACAUGCCCGUCAUCUCAUCACAUGGGAACAAUAAUAAAGCCUUGGUGGGGCGACGAUACAGGCGGAAGUGCAUAACUAUUAUAGUAAACAUUCUUAUAUGGUGACCACGUGAAGAUCACAGAAAUCAAUGAAGACACAAAUCGAUCAAGAUUUACUUUACCUAACAAACUGGACAAGCUUCCAGCUGACUCCCUCCGUAAAGACAAAUUUAACAACCUCAUUCAAUCUGCAAUGCGUGUUAGAUAUGUCACAUUUCCCAGUAAAUAUUUCCUCAUCUUGAAGAACGGCACGUCCCGUGAGUCCGUGACUCGUGAUGAUGGUGAUACCUCUGUGGACCAGAGAGGAAAGCAACCCAUGCACAUACCAUUAGGCGCAAUAUUCUUUUCCUUGUCAAAAAAAAAAAGUAAAAGUGAAUUCUGAGGGAUUUUCUACAGGGAAAAAAAUCAUUCACUUAGUAGUAGUGAGCAACUUUACCGGUCCCUAAAUAAGUGCCUUACAGCAGUGCGAGUCAUCAGUCAUGACCCCAACAAUUAAAUUAAAAUAGUCAAGAUCACGAACGACAUCUUUAUAGUGUAGAUGCUCAAUAAGUGCUCACACCAGUGCGGGCCAGACAAACUCACCUGGGUGCCGUCGUCCUUCCGGUCAUAACCAAUGUGUAGCUCAGCACAUACCAGUGGCAAAGGAGCCGGCCUACACACCCAAAGCCAGAUCUAUUUCUUCUCCACCUCCAAGGCCCCAAUCACCAGAAAAAUAUGGCAGCCGAUAAGCACCGGCUCCUCUAUCCAAUCUUCCUUUCACUCCUCUCCGUUCCUUUGUGCUCCCGUGCAUCCCCAUGGCAGGCCGUAGGCACAGGCUCAUCCCUGCAAGUAGAUCACGGGGAGAUCUUCCUUGUGUCUCCGGACACAACCUUCUCCUGCGGCUUCUACUCAUCUGGACAAGGCACCAACGCCUACUACUUCUCCAUCUGGUUCACCCACUCCACCGAUAGGACUGUUGUUUGGACAGCGAACCGUGGCUCUCCGGUGAAUGGCCAUGGUUCAAAGAUCUACUUCAACCGUCAAGGAAACCUGCUCCUUACGGAUGUCAAUGGCUCGACAGUGUGGCAGAGCAAGACGAAGUGGGGAAAGCACGCCUCAGUAGCUCUCCUCAACAGUGGUAACCUUGUGGUCAGGGCCUCCACUGAUCAGGUAGUGUGGCAGAGCUUCGAUUCACCCACUGACACAUUGCUUCCUUCACAGCGCCUGACAAGGGAGAUGAGGUUGGUCUCCCAAUCUGGCUAUCAUCGCCUCUAUUUUGACAAUGACAACGUCCUGCGGCUCCUGUACAAUGGGCCAGACAUCACAAGCAUAUACUGGCCAAGCCCGGAUUACAAUGCCCUGCAAAAUGGCCGGACAAGAUUCAACAGCAGCAAGAUAGCAGUUCUGGACAAUGACGGUAUUUUCUGGUCAAGUGAUGGGUUCAGAAUGAUAGCCUCAGAUUCAGGGUUUGGAAUCAAGAGAAGGAUCACCAUCGAUUAUGAUGGCAACCUUAGAAUGUACAGCUUGAAUGCAGCAGGCAACUGGAUUAUCACAGGCGAGGCUUUACUGCAGUUGUGCUAUGUGCAUGGUUUAUGUGGAAAAGGUGGAAUUUGUGAGUAUUCACAGUCUCUCAAAUGCACUUGUCCUCCAGGAUAUAACAUGACUGAUCCAAAGGACUGGAACAAAGGAUGCAGUCCAACAUUCAACACCAACUGUGGGCAACCAAGAGAGGAUUUUACAUUCAUCAAGAUUCCCCAUGGUGACUUUUAUGGCUUUGAUCUGACUUCAAACCAGUCAAUCUCAUUUGAAGAAUGCAAGCGGAUAUGCUUGGACAGCUGCUUGUGCUUAUCCUUCACAUACAAAGCUGGACAGGGCCUAUGUUACACCAAAAAUCAACUCUACAACGGCCAGGUUUAUCCAUAUUUUCCUGGAGACAGCUACAUCAAACUUCCUAAGAAAAUCACUCCAACAUAUUCAGCCUCCAAUCAUUCCACUCUUACUUGUAGCCCAAAGAAUACCAAGGUUAUGUUAGUAUCCAAAGAUGAAUACAUGAAAAAUUCUGACAACAUAAACUGGACAUACUUCUAUGCAUUUGCUACUAUAUUAGGGGCAGUUGAGCUGCUUUUCAUCAUGACAGGAUGGUAUUUUCUUUUCAAAAUGCACAACAUACCGAAGUCAAUGGAGGAAGGUUACAAGAUGAUAACAAGCCAAUUCAGGAGAUUUACAUACCGUGAGUUGGUGGAAGCAACAGGUAAAUUUAAAGAAGAGCUAGGAAAAGGUGGCAGUGGUACGGUUUACAGAGGAAUACUUGCAGACAAGAAAAUAGUGGCAAUAAAGAAGCUUACAGAUGUUAGACAAGGCGAAGAAGAAUUCUGGGCAGAAGUAACUUUGAUUGGGAGGAUCAAUCAUAUAAAUUUAGUCAGGAUGUGGGGAUUUUGCUCAGAAGGCAAACACAGGUUAUUAGUGUACGAGUAUGUGGAGAAUGAGUCAUUGGACAAGUACCUUUUCGGUGACAGGCGCACUGAAACAUUGCUAUCAUGGAGCCAAAGGUUCAAGAUUGCCCUGGGAACCGCAAGAGGCCUUGCUUACCUCCAUCAUGAAUGUCUGGAAUGGGUUGUCCAUUGUGAUGUAAAACCAGAAAACAUACUGCUGACCCGAGAUUUUGAAGCAAAGAUAGCAGACUUUGGACUGUCCAAGCUUUCAAAAAGAGACAGUCCUAGCUUCAAUUUCACUCAUAUGAGAGGCACAAUGGGCUACAUGGCACCAGAAUGGGCAUUGAAUUUGCCAAUCAAUGCAAAGGUUGAUGUUUACAGCUAUGGAGUUGUGCUUCUGGAGAUUGUUGCUGGGAGUAGGGUUUCAAGUGGGAUAACAAUAGACGAAGAAGAGAUGGACUUCAUGCAGUUUGUUCAGGAAGUCAAACAGAUGCUCGCUAGGGGGGGUAACCUGGAUAUAGUGGAUGCUAGACUCAAAGGGCAUUUUAGCCACGAGCAAGCAACAGUGAUGGUGAAAAUAGCUGUUUCCUGUCUUGAAGAAAGAAGCAAGAGGCCAACAAUGGAUCAAAUUGUAAAGGACCUUAUGGUGUACAAUGAUGAAGAUGAUCACCCUGCAUAUUCUUUAUGACCUGUACUGAAAAAUCUUUGUCAAAUAUGCAUGCCAUCCUUAGAAGAGAAAACAAUGUAUUUUUGUACACUAUGUAUGAAUGGAAAAAAGUUAGAAGCA